AUGUCCAACAGUCUCAGACCCUACCUGGCUGCUGUGAGAUCGACACUCACGGCCGCUCUCACCUUGGAGAACUUCUCGUCGCAGGUCGUCGAAAGGCAUAACAAGCCUGAAGUAGAGGUGCAGACAUCUAAGGAAGUACUUCUGAACCCCCUUACCAUCUCGCGAAACGAAAACGAACGUGUAUUGGUGGAACCAUCGGUCAACUCUGUUCGAGUGAGCAUCAGGAUUAAGCAGGCCGAUGAAAUCGAGAGGAUCCUUUGCCACAAGUUCACUCGAUUUAUGACCCAGCGUGCGGAAAGCUUCGUCGUUCUGCGACGUAAGCCUGUACCAGGCUACGACAUCUCAUUCUUGAUUACGAACACCCACACUGAAACGAUGUUGAAGCACAAGAUUGUGGAUUUCAUUAUCCAGUUCAUGGAGGAAGUCGACAAGGAGAUCAGUGAGAUGAAGUUGAGCUUGAAUGCACGGGCGCGUAUCGUUGCAGAAUCCUACUUGACUGCUUUUAACGCAUGAUUACCUGCGAUAUAUACCCACAAUGACACAUAUUCUAUCCUUCGAACCACACAGA